CACGCAAUAGACGCGUGGAUUUUUGGUUCCGCGUACUGUGUUGGAGCCACGCUCCCCGGGUGCGGCAUGAUAAACAAUAUCUCACUCGGUGGUUCCGUACACGGUAUUCCCGGAACGAAGGACCUUCAUGCUCAAGAUUUAAAACGUCACGAUAAGUUGGACGGGGUAGUAAGACUGAGCUUGGGAAGCGGACUAUCUGCUGGCGGUGGCCUGCUUCAUCAGGAAUUAACCAUGACUAUGCCUGGUGCAGGAAGUGCAACGGCAAUCGGACAAGGAGACGAGAAGCCGGUUAAACAAAAGCGACAUCGGACGCGUUUUACACCAGCACAGAUUAACGAACUAGAAAAGUGUUUUACGAAGACGCAUUAUCCUGACAUCUUUUGUCGGGAAGAAAUUGCCAGUAGAAUUGGCCUCACCGAAAGUCGCGUGCAGGUAUGGUUUCAAAAUCGUCGGGCAAAAUGGAAGAAACGUAAGAAGACAACGAACAACAUGUUUGGUGCGACCGGUACUUUGCUACCGUCGCAUGGUUUGCCACCUUUUGGUCCAGAUCUUUGCGGAGCUGGGAUGUUUCAAGCACCCGCGGAGAGAUGGGGAGUGAGUACAGGUCUCGGCCUGGGACAAGGCGGUAUGGGCAUGGGUGCUUAUGGACAAUUAGGUCAACAAAGCCCCGGUACACUUGGCAACUUGGGUCUUGGUAACUCUGGUCUGUCGAUCAGCAGUCCUUCCCAAACGGUCUAUCAAACGAAUUACGGAUUAAAUUCUCUUGGAGUCGUACAGGUCUCGGCGUCACGGGGUUCACCACCAGGAGGAUCUUCGGUUGGUGGUGGCCAAGGAGGAGGAUUAAAUUCGGCGUUGAAUUGUGCGCAAGGUUCACCGGGUUCGAGUUCAGGAGGUGGAGGAUCGGCAGCAGCUGGUGCAGGAGGAAGUGGUAUAUCUUGCGUUGGUGGUGAAGUCAAUGCGGACGAAGCGUCGGGAUGGAGAGGUGCUCAUAUUAUUACAGGACUUAGGCGUCGAGCAACGGAUACCUCGCAACAGUAUAGUCCGCAAUCGCAUCCACCACCAUCGGCUCCAUUACCGUACACUCAUGGUAUGGAAUACAGCUCCGCGUACUGAAAUCUUCUUCGAGUUAUUCAAAGUUUCCCGCUACUCCUCGUACAGUCGGCCAUUUUGGUUACGAGAUGACGCGUCACGUGACGUUAGCAAGAAACAAAAAGCGAUUUCAAAAAAGGAAAUAAAUUAUCAGUGUUUGUUUGCGGAUUAUUUUGUCGUUACGAAACUUCAUGGAUGUAAUUAAUUAAUUCAAUAAUUAAUUAAUUAAGCUUCCGUUGGUACAUAUAUGUCGAUAAUAUAAUAUAUUAUAAAUAAGAAUAAGGAAAAAUUAGGUAAUAGAAGAAGAAAAUGUGAAGAGGAUAAAGUUGCAAUGUAUUUCAUCUACGAGAACGAUAAUUAUUAGAUUAACGUGAUUUAAUAAUAUGAAAAUCUAGUCGAUCUUGUUAUCUAUCUCUGACAAAAGAUGAUACGUUUGAUCGUCAAGACUUUCGUCAUAAACGGUGAUUAUAGCGGUGAACGUUUUACGAGAAGACGAAAACGAAGAAUAAAAAGAAGUAAAAAGAAAAAAAAAAAGAAGAAGUAUACGACGAGUUAUCUUAGUAUUAUGGUAUACGAUGAGAUUCAAGGAGAUGACGCAUUUUCAGUGAAAUAGUCAACGAUAAUGAUCAAGUUUACUUAAUUACCGAAAUAUCUUCUGCUCUCUUUCUCUCUCUCUCUC